AUGUCUGAUAUUGUGAAGUGUAAUGUGUGUAACAUCGUUAUUGAUGAAUUGCUAGCAUAUAUACAGAAUAAAGUAUCUGUUGUAGACGAAGAGACGUUAAUAAGACUUUGCACGUCUUCAUUUACGAAGGAGGAGAUUGAAAAAUCUAAAUCUCUGUUAUACAGUGCUUUGCCAGCCGAUAAACGAAAAAUUCAACGAAAAAGAAAAGGAAAGGAGAAUCGUGAUGUGGAUGAUAUCAUAGGUAUAAUUAAAUCAACGGAUCCGGAUAUAUUACCGGUAUACGUAGCCAAACAGUUAGAAAAACUGCCACCGAUAACAUUUGAUCAUCUGGACUGCACGGCAUUGUUAAAGGAUCUAAUUAGACUUAAAAGUGACAUCGAGUGUAUUAAAUCGACGUAUGCCACAAAUGAACAGGUAGAUGAGCUUAAAACAGAGGUCAAUAAUUUAAAAUAUGCUUCAAUUCUACCUACUCCGAUUUGCAACAUUGACACAAAGCGUGGCGCCUGGAAUAUGGAUAGUGGGCCUAUAGGACUAUCGCAUGUAAACGACACUGAGCUGUCGGAUAAUAAUAAAGAACAGUUGGCAAUGAUUAGUACAAAUAACAACAAUAACGGUCGCCGUGAAUACCGAGAAGUAGUGCAAACCAAUACGCAAACUAAUACUUGUAGUAAUAAUUCCAUGCAACAGUCACAGAUUCAACGCGUUAAGUGUGUUAGAAAUUAUACGAAGCAAAACAAGCCGGUGAGUCAUCCGAGUAAUGUUUGCAAACAGAGUGCGGCGGCGGUUUCAAAUCAGCUGUGCGAUAACAGUAUGCAGCGACCGGCCGAAGUGUUUGCGGAAUACCCCCAAAAUGAAAAAAAUAGUAAUGAGAGCGAGUGGUCAACAGUGAAACGAUUUAAAAAUAAAUACCGGUUUGCGGGCAAAACGGGAGUUGCAAAAGAUGGUGAAGGAAUGUUUAAAGCGGCUGUACGAAUGAUACCAAUAUUCAUUUCUAAUAUUCACAACGACACAAAAGAUGAUGAAAUAAUUAAUUAUAUUAGACUAAAGACAAAUGAAUUGGCAUAA